ACUCUUAACCGCUUUACUCGUUUUUUUCGCUUAAACCCAUAAUCAGCUCAGAGUUCCAACACACCAGCCAAAAAAAAAAUUAAAAAAAAACAGUUAGAUUUGAUUUAGAAUCAUUUUAACGUAGGUUCCGGUUUUCUGGAGUGUUUGAGCACCGAGACGGAGGAGUAAAGAAGAGAUAGAAGAGAGGGAAAGUUUAAUUUUUUCCAUUUACUCUAGCCGACUAACGGAGGAGGAGAGGGAGGAGGAGGAAGGAUGGAUAGUGAGCGUGUGCUGCUGGGCCCCGUGCUGUUAGUGCUGCUGAGCUGCUCGCGCUUCCCGUCAGCGGAGGCCUCACGCAUGAAGACCGGGGCCGCGCUGCCCAUUCAGCCCGAGAGAGACCCGGUUCUGUCCAAAGGAGUGUCUGGAUGCUCGUUCGGAGGGAGGUUCUAUUCUCUGGAGGACACGUGGCAUCCAGACCUUGGGGAUCCUUUUGGUGUUAUGCACUGUGUCAUGUGUCAUUGUGAACCUCAGAGGAGUCGACGUGGAAAAGUCUUUGGGAAGGUGAGCUGUAAGAACAUAAAGCAGGACUGUGCCGAACCCAACUGCGACGAACCGGUCCUGCUGCCAGGACGCUGCUGUAAAACAUGCCCUAAAGGUGAAUCAGACAGAAAGUCCACAGAGACACUCUUCGAUGGUUUUGAGUUUUUCCAGGAAAAAGAUGACGACCUUCACAAGUCUUACAACGACAGAUCAUAUCUCAGCUCAGAGCACAUGAACGGGGGAGACAGCAAGACAGAUUUUGUGGCGUUGUUGACUGGUGUGACGGAUUCGUGGUUACCGAGUUCCAGUGGAGUCGCACGAGCUCGCUUCACGCUCACCAAGACCAACUUUGCUUUCUCCAUCACAUUCCAGAGGAUAAACCGACCAAAUGUCAUCAUGUUUCUCGAUUCGGAGGGAAACACAGCAUUUGAGUUCAGAGUUCCACGAGGUGACUCAGACAUGAUCUGUGGUGUCUGGAGGAACUUGCCCAAAUCUCACAUGCGUCAGCUUCAGGAAGAGCAGCUUCGUGUUUCCAUGAUAGUGACGGACGGCAGGCGAGAGGAGAUUCAGGGCAAAAUCAUUAAACACAGAGCCUUGUUUGCAGAGACAUUCAGCGCCACGCUGACAUCAGAGGAGGAGAAUUCUGGGAUGGGAGGAAUCGCCAUGGUGACGCUGAGUGACACAGAGAACAACCUGCACUUUAUCCUACUCUUGAGGGGAGUCGUCCAGGCUCCAGAGAGUGCGUCACCGCUUGUGCCAAUCCGAGUCAGACUGCAAUAUCGACAGCUCACGCUGAGGGAGAUCCACGCUAAUGUUACUGCUCAUGAUUCUGACUUUGCAGAGGUUCUGUCAGACCUGAACAGUCGUGAGCUCUUUUGGCUCUCACGUGGGCAGCUACAGCUUGUUGUGGAAACACAAGGUCAUGACCCAAGGCACAUCUCAGGCUACAUCACUGGGAAGAGAUCAUGUGACACACUACAGAGCGUGAUGUCCAGUGGCGACGCUUUGACCCCUAUGAAAACAGGUGGAGUCGGGUCAGCCAUUUUUAAUCUCCAUGACAAUGGCACCCUUGACUACCAGGUCCAGGUGGAGGGCAUGUCCAGCACGGUGGUGGGUGUGACCAUCGAGAUGAAACCUCGGAGGAGGAGCAAGCGCAGCGUGCUGUACGACAUCACGGGUGAGUUUGUGCCGAGCGGGCAUGGUGGGCGGUCCGUCGGCUCAUACGGACGCAUGGAGGCACGGCACAUUCAUAUGCUGCUGCAGAACGAGCUGUUUAUCAACAUCGCCACGGCGGAGAACCCCGAGGGGGAACUGAGGGGACAGAUCCGCACCAUGCUGUACAAUGGACUGGAGUCCCACCGACAUGAGCUGCCGUUCCCUCUGGCAGGUCAGUUUGUGUCUCCGGCCGUGAGGACAGGAGCAGGUGGACAUGCGUGGGUGACGGUGGACAAGCACUGCCACCUUCACUAUGAGAUCGUAGUAAACGGACUGGGGAAAGGAGACGAGGCCACGAUGAACGCUCACCUGCACGGCUUGGCCGAGAUCGGAGAGAUGGAUGAGUCGGCACACACUGGACCCAAACGCCUGCUCACUGGCUUCUAUGGAGAACAGGCUCAGGGGGUUUUGAAGGAUCUGAGUAUUGAGUUGUUGCAGCAUUUGGACAAAGGCACAGCAUUCAUCCAAGUCAGCACCAAAAUAAAUCCUCGGGGAGAGAUACGGGGGCGAAUCCAUGUCCCGAACAGCUGUGAGCAAGGCUCCCGGGCCGAGGCCGUGGUCGACGAGGCUGAGUUUGAUGACGUGGUGUUCGUCCGUGACCCCGAGGCCUUCAAGAAAGAUCCGUUGUCAUGUUUCUUUGAAGGUGAACGUCACGCUCAUGGCUCACGCUGGACGCCGCAUUACAACUCCUGCUUCACCUGCACAUGCCAGAAGAAGACGGUUAUCUGUGACCCGGUCAUGUGUCCUGCACUGACGUGUCCUCACACCUACCAGCCCGAGGACAAGUGCUGCCCCGAGUGUGAAGAGAGAAAAGCACUGAAGGAGAUCACAUCUGUGGAGAAGGUUGAAGAGCAUCCAGAAGGGUGUUAUUUUGAAGGCGAUCAGAAGAUGCACGCACCUGGAACUGUGUGGCACCCUUUUGUGCCGCCUUUCGGCUACAUCAAGUGCGCCGUUUGCACCUGCAAGGGCUCUACAGGAGAAGUACACUGCGAGAAAGUCACGUGUCCUCCACUCACAUGCAGCCGACCAAUCAGACGCAACCCCUCAGAUUGCUGUAAGGAGUGUCCAGCUGAGGACACACCCCUUCUGGAGGAGGGUGAGAUGAUGCAGGGGGAUGGGCCGAGACAGUGCAAAUUCGGCAAAAACUAUUACCAGAACAGUGAGAAUUGGCAUCCUCGUGUGCCGUUGGUUGGGGAGAUGAAGUGCAUCACGUGUUGGUGUGACCACGGCGUCACAAAGUGUCAGAGGAAACAGUGUCCACUACUAAGCUGCAGAAAUAUUACACGGAGAGAGGGCAAGUGCUGCCCUGAGUGUGCAGACGAUUUCACCAAAGAAGAAGAAAUGAUGAAGAUGGAGGAGAAAAAGAAGAGUUGGAGGCACUGAUCCUGUUAAAUUUUUUGUCUUCAGUCCCAUCUGUCCCAUCUAUCCAUCCGACCGUAUGUCUGUCUGUCUAUCCCUCUCUCGAGUGGGCCGCUGGCGAACUGUUCGAGAAGUGACAGAAACACGAGCGGAGAAAAAGAGGAAGGGAAAACUAGGAAAUAAACAAACAACUGAGGCAAAACAAGAGCCUCUGAGAGAAAAAGGUUUAAGGCGAAGGAACAAAAGGAAAAAAGGAACAAGCUGCUGCGCUGGAUAAAAUUCCUUCGUGACUGACUUUUUAAAAAUUGAAUGCUUUUUUUUUGCUUUAUUUUUGUACUUUUUCUUUUUGGACUUGGAGCAAACUUCAGUCAAACAGAGACACACAUGCUAUACAUUUUCUUGACGAUGGGUGGUAUGAUGGUGUGUGUGUGUGUCUGUGUGUUAGAGCUUGUGUGCAAGCUUGUGUGGCGAGGUGCAGAGAGCCGUAAACUCAUUGGGUGGCAAUGAGUGAAUGUAAAACACACACAUCUGCACGCACACACACACACACACACACACACGCACACAAAUUCCAAAAUGCUUCCACAAAUACAGCCUCGUGGUGUGUUUCUACGUGUUCAUCAUCAUGUCCUAUCCGAAAUAUGCACAUUUUUAGUUUCAUCUCAGCCAGUAAUCUAUGCCGUCUCAUACUUAUAAAAUCCAAAGUGCCUGAUUUGGAGAUUUUGCUCCAUGAAUGGAAAAUAUUGACCUAUUAGAAGGGCGGAGCUCCAAGUUUAUUCAUUUAGGCUUUGCCCAUUUAUGUUGCACCUCAUGUUGUUACCUGUCUGUUGUAUUUUUUAAUCCUAUUGUGUAAUAUUUUAUAAUUAUUUGCUGUCUGAUUUGUUAUGAUGAAUAUUGUAUUUCAUAUUUAUUGAGUGCGCUGGAAAAAAAAAUCAAUAAAAUGUUCUUUAUAAGAA